CUAUCGUACAUCGAUAUGGUUUUCUUUCGCAAGUGGCAACACCGGCCCUACACCCAUGUGGCAGCGUUCCACAGUCGGCCAUUAUUUGCAACGAGUAGAAGUGGCAUUGUAACCAUGGCUCUCAGACUAAUCAACCACGCUCUGCGCCGCCAGUUGGCUGCUCAGCUGCCACGCAACGCCCAAGUCGGCAGCGUCGCUUCCGUCCACACAUUGGACAAGAUUGGCAAACGCGAGGUCGUUGGCUAUGGCUGGAACGGCACCGCCUCCUAUGCCGAUCGCGUGGACUAUCCCCUGCCCCCCAUACGCUUCCGUGAGCCCAACAAUGAGAUCAAUGCGCUGCGCGUCAAGGAGCAGGGCGACUGGAAGAAGCUGAGCCCACAGGAAAUUAAGGCCCUCUACCGUGCCAGCUUCUGCCAAACCAUUGCCGAAGUGCAGGCCGGCACCGGCGAGUGGAAAAUGCAUUUGGGCAUUGGUCUGCUCUUCACAAGCGCCGCCAUCUGGAUUGCCAUUCUGAUGAACCUGUUCGUCUACGAUGAGUUGCCCGUCACCUUCGACGAGGAGCACCAGAAGGCUCAGCUGAAGCGCAUGCUUGACCUGGAAGUCAACCCAAUUACCGGCUUGUCCUCCAAAUGGGACUACGAGAACAACAAGUGGAAGAACUAAAGCGCACCCAGCAGCCCAGCAACAAAUUCCAAGCUUGAUGUUGUAGUUUUGUGUCUUACAGCCAGUCAGUAAUUAAGUGAACAGUUAGCAGAAGUCUAUGUUUAAGUCGCUCCUAUGUUUCUUCAAGUCUAAUACAAUAGAGGCAGAUAUAAACAACAACAUUAAACCUCA